AUGGAUGUUUCUCAAUACCUUAAUUGGAAAAAAGACUGGGAAAGUGAAUGUGGGGCAGAAAAGCAGUGGGAAAUAUCCCUGGAAAAUGGACAAGAGUCACUGUCUCCUGCAGAAAGAGACUUAGGUAAAUUCAUAGGUCCUCAGGGAACCUAUGGAGGAGAAAAAUCCAAUAUGUGCUCUGAAUGUGGAAAAAAUUUCAGCCAGAGCUCACACCUACCUGUCCACAGAUUAGCCCACAUUGGAGAAAAGAAACCUUAUAAAUGUGGCCAUUGUGGGAAAAGCUUUGGGCAAAGCUCACAUCUGGAUUGCCAUCAGAGAAUCCACACUGGAGAGAAGCCCUGCAAAUGCCCCGAAUGUGGGAAAGGCUUCAGUGAUCAUUCUAACCUCACAGCACACUACAGAAUCCACAUAGGAGAAAAACCCUAUAAAUGUGAAGAGUACUGGAAAAGCUUCAACCAGAGCUCAAGCUGCCUUAUGCACCAGAGAAUCUAUACAGGAGAGAAACCCCAUAAGUGUAGUGAGUGUGGAAAAAGUUUCACCAGUAGCUCACACUUCAGUGCACACUGGCAAACACACAUUGGUGAAGAACCCUACCAGUGCUCUGAGUGUGGGAAAAAGUUCAGUAAGAGGUCCCCUCAUCAGCCAUCAGAGGAUCCACACAGGGGAGAAGCCCUAUGA